AUGUCAGGCCUUCGCUCGCGUUUGAAGGAUAUCCUGCGCCCCUCUCGGCCAUCUUCACCCCACGCGGAUACAUCAACACCGUUGGAUGUCAAUUCGAAUAGUCCUAGGCCAUUGAGUUCAAAACCCAUCUCAAAAACAGAGGACUUUGACUUCCUCGAACUUGCUCCGGGAACGGAUCCCAUCGUUGAUAUCGUCGCUAUUCAUGGGUUACAAGGACAUAGAGAGAAGACAUGGAUGGUAGACGACGGAACUAUGUGGCUACGCCACUUCUUGCCCACCGACUUGUGUAAUGCCCGAGUCUUGACAUACGGCUAUGAUGCCGACACUCAUAGUCCAGAAUGCGUAUCAACUCAGACGAUGCGUCGGCACGCCGAUGGGUUCGCCAAGGCACUUUCCAGGAAACGCGAGGAUCCUCGAGCGAGUGCGGAUGCCUCGUCUCGACCCAUCAUCUUCAUCGCUCAUGAUUUAGGAGGUAUCAUCCUCAAAUGGGCGUUAGUUAUCUGUCACAAUCAAGGAUUAGAGUCGAAAUGUGAUCUCCGGGAUAUUCUCAUCGCCACCCAUGCAAUCUUAUUCUUCGGAACCCCACAUUUUGGUACCGACGUUACCCUUCUUGACGCAGUUAAUCGCUUGGCGUCCGUAUACAUGGAAACAACAGAUGCCGUUCUAAGAAAUCUUCGGUCUCACUCGUCUGAACUCGAGGACGUUCAGAGUCUCUAUGUCGAAGCGAGUGCAAAGAUCAGCAGCAUCUUCUUCUCUGGAGAGUAUAUGACAAGAGGACUGAACGUUCCGUACCACUCAGCCGUGAUUACAGGCGAUCACAACGCCACAACUAUCGUACUUCAUGCCGACCACAGUAAUAUGGUCAGAUUCGCAGCCAGAAACAGCAAUAAUUAUCAAACCAUUCUCCACUAUCUCAAGGUCUACGUCGAUAACGCGCUUGUCGAGGCGAAGAAGAAAUGGGACAUCGAGGAUAAUUGCCGAAGCGCCGCAAAGGGAGAGACCGCCUCUGAGGAGGUCGUUGUGCCAAAGCCUCGUCCACCCGUGUCAAGAGGCUACAUCGAGCGAAAGUAUAUUCAAACCCUUAUUACCCAAAACUUGCUUCCUGUUGGCCCGGUGAAGCAUCAACCACGGUGCAUAUUACACGGGCUGGGAGGGGCAGGCAAGACUCAGCUGGCAACCAACUGGAUUCAGGAGCACGAAAGCCUCUUCACUUGGGUGAUCUUUGUCGAUGCGUCCAGUCGAAGUCAGCUGGAAGUAGACUUAGCGAGGUCAAUUCGGUGCUUAGGUCCCGAAUACAGCCAAAUGAAAUGGAAGGACACAGUCGCAUAUCUCGACAGCAAGGACAACUGGCUACUCUUCCUUGAUAACGCCGACUCGCCAGACCUCGAUCUCCGCCCAUACCUGCCUACAUUUCCUCGUGGGUCAAUUCUAAUGACUACGAGAAACAAAAAAUACAUCAGCUAUGCUCCAGAUGGCGCAGUUCUGGUUGGCGGUCUUGAGGAGGGCGAGGCGGUAAACCUACUUCACACGACCGCCAAUAUCACACCUGCAUCGGACACAGAAUCUCUGGAGAUUGUGAGGGAGCUAGGAAUGCUAGCGCUCGCAAUUACACAAGCAGGGAUCUACAUUCGCGAGACGCAGCGCCUCAGCACGUACCUCGAUACAUUUCGGAAGAGCCGAAAUCGACUUCUGAGCAAGCAGCCGGAUAUUGGCUCAGAGUACACGUCGUCGACGUACACCGCGUUCGACCUAUCGUUCCGCCAAUUACCAACGACGACACAGGAGUUCCUAAGGCUAUGCGCAUUCCUCCAUUAUUCACUCAUUCCUCUCGCUCUAUUUGAGCGCUCGACAAUUUCUGGCUUCACCACACGCACGGUUCUGGACAGCUUUCCUUCACCAGAAAGUGACAAGAAUCUCAUUUCAAAGCUACAGGAGAUUUUCGGUGAGACGUGGGACGAAGUUUCGUUCCAGGAGAUUGUCAGCUCGGCGUCCCAGGCGUCAUUUAUCGACGUUUCGACGGACGGGCUAUUUUACGGCAUCCACCCUCUACUUCAGACCUAUAUUAAAGAUUCCCUCGUUGAGGCAGAUAAACUACAUUAUGUUCGGAUGACGACAAAACUCAUCCUUGGUGCAAUCCCGGCAUCGGAAGGGAGCAAUAUGGAGGUAUGGCAGCUGCUUCCUCACGCUAAUUGCAUCCCCCGAGCCGUUCAAUCGGAAAAUGUGGCGCAAGCAUUGGGAUUCUACUCGUUUUACAAUUCCUUAGGGAAUUGGGAGGCAUGCCGAAACCUGUUGGAGUGUGUGCUUCCGCAAGUUCAAUCGACCCAAGGAGAGAGGCAUAGAAACUCGAUUUCUGUAAUGGGCGCACUUGGCGAAGCACUGCUGGCUUGUGGUCAGUUGGAAAAGGCAGAAAAUAUGCAGCGAGACGCGUUCAAUCUUCUCCUCGAGGUUUCUGGACAACGGGAUCCAGACACCGUCGAGGCAAUGAAUAACCUCGCAGAGAUCUUGCGCGCGCGUGGUCAAUUUGAGGAGGCGGAAAAGAUGCAGAGAGAGGUGUUAGCUCUACAGCUCGAGAUUUCUGGUCAAAGACAUCCAGAUACCCUCGUGGUAAAGAGCAAUCUCGCAUCGACACUGUGUCGGCUUGGUCAGUUGGACGAGGCGGAGAAAAUACAGGAAGACGUGCUCACGGUGCAACUCGAAAUUUCUGGACAACGACAUCCACACACUGUCAUAGCAAUGAACAACCUCGCAGAAACUUUACGUGCCAAUGGUCGAUUUGAGGGAGCAGAAAUGAUACAGAGAGAAGUGCUCGCUCUACGACUCGAGAUAUCUGGACAAAGACACCCGGAUACCCUCGCGGCAAAGAGUAAUCUCGCAUCGACCCUGUAUCGGGUUGGUCGAGUGGACGAAGCGGAAAAGAUACAACAAGAAGUCCUUACAGUACAACUCGAGAUUUCUGGACAACGACAUCCAGACACCAUCGUGGCAAUGAACAACCUUGCAGAGAUCUUGCGCGUCAGUGGUCAGUUUGAGGAGGCAGAAAAGAUGCAGAGAAAAGUGCUCGCUCUACAGCUCGAGAUUUCGGGAAAAAGGCAUCCAGAUACCCUCAUGGCAAUGAAUAAUCUCGCACUCACCUUGUAUCACCGUGAUCAGUUGGACGAAGCGGAAAAAAUGCAACAAGAACUGCUCGCUCUGCGACUCGAAGUUACUGGAAAGGGACACCCAGAGACCAUCCUAGCCAUGAACAACCUCGCACAGCUCUUCUACAGUCGUGGACGGCUGGACGAGGCAGAAAGGAUGCAACGAGAAGCGCAGACUCUGCUGCGCGAGAUCAGUGGAUGGCGACUGCCACUACCACUCCGCCUUGUCUUGUCCCACAAUCUCUCUCUCAUCUUGUAUCACCAGGAACAGCUGGAGGAAGCCCUGCAGGUUUUGGAAGAGACGAUUCUUAUGGAAUUUGAGGUCCUAGGUGAAGACCAUCCUCUUACCAAGGAAUCGAAACAACUCCUAGAGGGUAUUACCUCUGCCCUUGACCACACGAGUUAG